AUGGCUUCGAAUCAUCUACGCCACGAUGUCAUCAAGAUAUACAAAGAGCUGCUCUAUCUGGGACGAGAAUAUCCUCUUGGCUUCGAGUAUUUCAGACCUCGUCUACACAAAGCUUUCAUGUCCAAAGCGAGUCUCGAAAGUGAAGAAGACAUCAGGAAAGGAAUAGCGCAAGCAGAGUAUGUCAAAAAAGGUAUGCCUGCCCUAGCAAAGCCAUCUGCCAAAUAA